AUGUUGAACAAACGGGUUGUGUCUGAAAUUAUCAGGCCUCCAGAAGAUCUAGGCCCGGCUGCACCUUCGGCAGCCAUGGCUGGGGAAGAAGAUAAACUCAAAACUUGUGUGUCGGGUGGCAUUGGUGGUGGCCUUGCUCUCAGUUCUGUGCUAUUGCUUCUAGAGGCAAGCCUGGCUUUCGUGGUGUCCCUGGUUUUCCCCUGCGGUUACGGUUAUGGUCAUGGUGGAAGCACUGGUGGUGGCGGAAGUGGAGGCAGAGGUGGUGAUGGCUUGAGUUCUGGAUGCAUUCCUGGUUUUCACGGAGUUUUCUAUUGGAAAACCUCGUUGGAUGCUGGCUAUUCAAAUGGGAUAUGA